CAUUAAUUGAGUAUCCUUUUCAAACUUAUCUACAAAGUACCCUUUCUUCUUCCUUCCACCCCUUCAAUUUCCCCUCUCCGAUUCCCACAGCGAAAAAAAAAAGUGCAGCAAAAGAAGAAGGGAAAAUGCGCCGCAUCGCCCAAAUCGUCCACCUGAAACCCUCCGCCAUAGCAGCCUACAAAGAAUGCCAUGCAAACGUCUGGCCUGAAGUCUUGGAACAGAUCAAAGACUGCAAUAUUUGCGAUUAUUCGAUCUUCUUCGACAACGAACGCACUCUCUUCGCGACAUUUAAGUAUGUCGGGGAUGACUAUGAGGCGGAUAUGUUGAAGAUGCGCGCGAACCCUAAAGUUCGGGAGUGGUGGGCUAUGACAGAUGGGAUGCAGGAGAGUCCUGUUUCUGGAGCUGUGGGGAGUGCAGAAGGACCGGGGUGGUGGAAGGCCCUUGAUGAGGUGUUUUAUACUGAUUGAUGUCUCCCAAGUAGGGUACUGACCAUGUAAAAGAAGAGGAAAGAAGGGUAUU